ACCGCAGUUAUCUCCUACACUCUUACCUUUCACCUUAAUCUCAUUAUGUCUUUGAUACAUGCUCUCGUUGCGAAGGGCAACACUAUCCUGGCGGAGCACCAGGGUGGCUCACGGGAUUUCUCGCAAGCGACACAAACUAUUUUGUCUAAGAUACCCCCGAAUAACAGCAAGCUCACGUAUGUUUGGGAACAAUACCUCUUCCACUAUGUCUCCGAAGGUGGAUAUACCUAUCUCGUAAUGGCGGACGACUCAGCAGGACGGAGAAUGCCAUUCACCUUCCUCGCUGAACUGCAACAGAAAUUCAGCACCCUCGGUCAGUCAUCCUCACUCUCCGACCCACCGGCCUACGUGCUCCAAGGUUCUUUUGGCCCAACCAUCGCGCAACUCAUGAACCAAUACAACACCGCACCUCCAACCGACGAACUCACCCGAGCGCAAUCUGAACUAGCGCAAGUGAAGGAUAUCAUGGUUCAGAAUGUCGAACAGAUCCUUUCGAGAGGUGAACGUAUCGAGUUGCUUGUGGACAAGACAGAUAGUAUGGCAAGUCAAGCGACGGCGUUCAGACGGGGUGCAAGGACUGUGAGGAGGAGUAUGUGGUGGAAGAAUACGAAGAUUGUUGCAUUGAGUGGAGUGGUUGGGCUUACCUUCGUAUGGGUCCUCGUUGCACAAUUCUGUGGUGCGGGUCUUAAUCACUGCGGCUCAUAAUCAUGAUCUUUGGCUCGCUCUCUGUCUCUCAUUUGUAUGUUACCCUUCGAGUCUGGACCAUGCUUGUUGUAUCCUAUGCCUUCUCUGACCCCGUACUCAUGAUAUAUCAAUGACUUUGUAUCUCGUCUUCAAUAAUAUUGGAGCACUGAACGUAACAUUAAUAGUACAGUAGAUGAACGAGUGAGUCGUGGGUUUAGAUAUAAUAGUCACAGUGGUGGUCGACACUACAAAUGUCAAUAGUCCGUAAUAAAACAACGGGAGGAAAGUUGAAGGGGUG